AUGGCUUCCUACUUCAUUACCGGCGCAUCUCGUGGCCUUGGUCUCCAGCUGACCACAACGCUUGCGUCCCGACCUUCAUCAGAAGUUUCCAAAAUUUUUGCAGCUGCUCGCAAGCAGUCGGAUGAUCUAAAGAAGCUGACCGAAGAGUCCAACGGUCGCGUUCAAUUCGUCUUUCUCGAGGUCACAUCCCAGCAGAGCGCAGAAGAGGCCGCUCGGACGGUGGAGAAGUCUCUCAAUGGCCAAGGCCUCGACUAUCUUAUCAACAAUGCCGGCAUCAUGAACACAACUCCGAAUGGAAUCGUGGACAUGAAGGACUUGGGCGAACACUUGAACACCAACGUCAUAGGAGUAAACAAUGUUAUCACCGCCUUGUUGCCCUUGGUGAGGAAGAGUAAUUUGAAGAAGAUCAUCAACAUAACUUCGACCAUGGGAUCCCUGACAAUGUCUUCGCACUUCCAGCAACUGCCCACACCAGCGUAUAAAAUCUCCAAGACGGCGUUGAACAUGCUGACGGUGCAGUACGCUGAGGCAUUCCGAGACGAGGGCGUGACCUUUAUUGCCCUCUGCCCUGGUUGGGUAAAGACAGAUAUGGGAGGCAAAGACUAUGCCGAUCUAACCCCCGAAGAGGCCAUCGCGGGUAUUCUCGAGAUCGCUGAUAAGGUUGACGUCAAGGACACCGGCAAAUUCCUGACAGUCAGGGUACCCGGAUGGGAAAAUCACGAAAAGCGGUACGAUGGUUCCGUAAGGCCUUGGUAG